GAGUAUGGAGUAGUGGCCAUUGGCUGGGAUGAGUAUGGAGUAGUGGCCAUUGGCUGGGAUGAGUAUGGAGUAGUGGCCAUUGGUUGGGAUGAGUAUGGAGUGUUGACCAUUGGUUGGGAUGAGUACGGAGUAGUGGCCAUUGGCUGGGAUGAGUACGGAGUAGUGGUCAUUGGUUGGGAUGAGUACGGAGUAGUGGUCAUUGGUUGGGAUGAGUACGGAUGGCCAUUGGUUGGGAUGAGUACGGAGUAGUGGCCAUUGGUUGUGAUGAGUACGGAGUAGAUGGCCAUUGGUUGUGAUGAGUACGGAGUAGUGGCCAUUGGUUGGGAU